AUGCAGAUUCCGUUACUAGCAGUUCUCAUCGGAGUCUUCAUUCGCACCUCCUUGGGGGCCUCCCUCGGAGUCAUCGACCAGGAUCGCCAAUGUCUGAUAUGGUCCAACAACAAUCAUGGAUGCACGGGCUACUCUGAACCUUUUGCAGAGCUUAAUGGAACUGACUGUUCAGAACUGAGCGAGAUAGUGAACGGCACACGCAAAGACUUCUCUGUUCUCAGUGUAGGAGCGUGUGGGACUGAAGACGGCAAAUAUGUCGCCUGGAUAGCGGUCAAUCAGACCGGUGAAGUCACCUUUUUCAAUCAAAAUGGUGAUCAAUCAGGAUGCAUUUUGAAUAAUGGACUUCAGGCUGGCAGUUGGUGCAGUGCGUCUGAUUAUAAGUCAACGACCACUACUAGCUCGUCCUCCACGCCGAUGACCUCGACUACGGCAAUCUCUUCUUCGAGUACUGUCUCUUCUUCGAGUACUUACUGUCUCUUCUUCGAGUACUGUCUCUUCUUCGAGUACUGUCUCUUCUUCGAGUACUGUCUCUUCUUCGAGUACUGUCUCUUCUUCGAGUACUGUCUCUUCUUCGAGUACUGUCUCUUCUUCGAGUACUGUCUCUUCUUCGAGUACUGUCUGUUCCUCGACCACUGUCUCAGGCAGUAA